AUGUCCAACUUCGACUUAUCCAACAUCUCCCUAAGAAACUUCUUCUACAGCUCAGUCAGCCAAAAUGCUGGAUUCAACCCUGUUCCUAUUGCCCUAAGACCCAAUGGUGAUGAUAUUGUUGAGUCAGUCAAAACCGUUGACAACAAGUAUUUUGCCUCUAUUAAGAGGAAAGUCGAUAUUUUGAGUCUCCUAGUCCAACAGGGUCUAUCUCAAGAAACGAUUGGGAGAAUAGAAAGAAGCAUUGCAGACAUAAUGGCUUCUCUAGAGACCAUCAAAAAAGUCAUCAAAGAUAGAACUUUGUCGCAGAGACCUCUUCCAGUCAGAGGCUCUGGUGCCCUUACUGAAGGGACAUUCAAGUCAGGUCUGAGAUGCCCUGAGGUGUUGAUAAGUACAGAAAGUAAAAUGAUUGUGAACCCCAAGUUUAAUAGCACGGACUUAUUAAUGAUGUCUGAAAAUGCUGAUAAGUCUGGGUGGGACUUGACUGCCAAGUUCACUAGUGUGUUCAACACUGGGCUAGCACUCUCCACCCUUGCGUAUCUGGAGCACCAGCCACAGAUUGCACUUGUACCAACAAGUGAUAUUGUCAAUAUAGGGAUCAAUUCUCAUCGUCUGCCAUUAUAA